AUGAAGGCCUUCACUCUCGUCUCCCUGGCUGCGUCCGUCAGCGCCCACUCCAUCUUCCAAAAGGUGUCGGUCAACGGCGUCGACCAAGGCCAGCUCAAGGGCGUCCGCGCUCCCUACAGCAACUUCCCCAUUGAAAACGUCAACCACCCCGACUUUGCCUGCAACACCAACAUCCAACUGCGGGAUAACACCGUGAUCAAGGUCCCAGCCGGCGCCAGAGUCGGUGCCUGGUGGGGGCAUGAGAUUGGUGGUGCCGCCGGGCCCAACGACCCGGAUCACCCCAUCGCCGCCUCCCACAAGGGUCCCAUCCAGGUCUACCUCGCCAAGGUCAACAAUGCUGCCAACGCCGGCACGUCCGGCCUCCAGUGGUUCAAGGUCGCCGAGCAAGGCCUCAACAACGGCGUCUGGGCUGUCGACAACAUGAUCUCCAACGGCGGCUGGCACUACUUCGACAUGCCCAGCUGCGUCGCCCCCGGGCACUACCUCAUGCGCGUCGAGCUGCUCGCCCUUCACUCCGCUAGCGUCCGCGGUGCCGCCCAGUUCUACAUGGAGUGCGCCCAGAUCGAGAUUACUGGGUCUGGCACCAACACCGGCUCCAACUUUGUCAGCUUCCCCGGUGCUUACACCGCGGACCACCCCGGCAUCUUGGUCUCCAUCUAUGACCUCCAGGGCCGCCCUACCAACGGUGGCCGUCCUUACACCAUCCCCGGCCCUGCUCCUCUCACCUGCUCCGGUGGCUCCAACCCCAACCCCCAGCCUCAGCCGACUUCUGCUGCUCCUAACCCCCAGCCUACUGGUGGGAACGGUGGUGGUGCCGGUGCUCCUCUUUAUGGCCAGUGCGGUGGUCAGGGGUAUACCGGCCCUACCACCUGUGCUCAGGGUACUUGCGUGGCUUCCAACCAGUGGUACAGCCAGUGCCUCCCAUAAAUGUCUCAAUGGGGCUCGGAAAAGGGCACGAGCAUGAGCGACGUUGGAUUAAUACCAACAAACAUCUUAUUUUCAC